AAGAGAUGGGGACGGGCGGACGAUGAGCGUAAAAGGCAAAACGAGAGAGAAUAGAACAGAAGAGAGAGAGAGAGAUCUAAAGAAGAGAGGGUGAUGACGAUGGAUAGAGAAAAGGAGAGAGAGAUUGAGCUCGAGAGUGCAAUGUAUACUAACUGCCUGUUACUCGGGCUCGAUCCAUCGAUAACCGGCAUUGGAGCCAACAAUUCUACUCCUCGCGUUGGCCUGUUUCGUCAUUCAAACCCCAAAUUGGGCGAACAACUUCUCUAUUUUAUAUUAUCUUCUCUCAGAGGUCCAGUUCAAUCAGCCAAGGACUUCGAUAAAGUUUGGCCGAUUUUUGAUUCUGCACAGUCCCGCGACUUCCGAAAGGUUGUGCAAAGUAUCAUAAGUGAGCUUGAGUCUCAAGGGGCGUUACCGAGGAGCAAUUCUAGGGUUUCAUCGCUUGCAACUUGUUGCGGGCCUAGAUUUGUUGAGCUCUUGUGGCAACUGUCUUUGCAUGCUCUGAGGGAGGUUCAUAGACGAACAUUUGCUGCUGAUGUGGCUUCCAAUCCUUUGCCUGCCUCGCUUACAGAUGUAGCUGUCUCUCAUGCUGCCACUUUACUUCCUGUGACAAAGGCUAGAAUAGCACUUGAGCGCAGGAAAUUUCUGGAAAAUGCAGAGAUAGCUGUCCAGAGGCAGGCCAUGUGGUCAAGUUUGGCUCAUGAGAUGACUGCAGAAUUUCGUGGUUAUCGUGCAGAAGAGGCGUAUCUGCAGCAAGAAUUGGAAAAGCAACAUGACUUGAGGAAUGAUGUUAAGUGUGAAGGAGAGCUCUGGGAUGAGCUCGUGUCCAGCUCAAGUCAAAAUUCUCAUUUAGUUCAAAAAGCAACACGACUAUGGGACUCUUUAUUAGCUCGGCAAAGUCAACAUGAAAUUCUUGCAUCCGGCCCUAUUGAGGACUUAAUAGCUCAUCGUGAGCAUCGGUACCGCAUCUCUGGAUCAUCUUUGCUAGCAGCAAUGGACGAAAGUUCUCAAGUACCUUACAAUAACGCAUUGGAUGAUAAAGAACGAACAGAUGGUUCAUGUCCCACUUUAACUGAUGAAAAUCCGAUCAGUAAUGUAAAUUCACCUCUUACUCAGCCUGAUGAAGUAGCUUCACGUUCUGAUGAAAGAAGUUCAAGGUCCCACCCCACUGUUGACAUAGCAGAAAUUCUCCGACGUUGGACUCAUGCCUUGCAACGAAUUCACAAACAAUCACUUCAGCUGGCCAAAGCCAAUGAUGGAGAAGGUCCCGAGCUUCUUCGAAGUGCCCAGGAUGGCAGUACAGGGGGUCAUGCUGAAUCACUGGCAGCAGCUCUUGCUGAGCACAAACAACACCUAGCUAGUACACAAGUGCUCAUAAAUCAGAUAAAGGAUGUUGCUCCAGCUAUACAAAGUUCAAUAACUGAGCUUACUGAGGAAGUGAACAGUCUUUCCUCUAAUUUACCGCCAAUGAACAGGCAUUGCAGCAGAUCCACCCUACCCAAUCAGGAGAGCGGCAACAGUGAGGUUGGUGACGCUACUUCACGAUCGUCAAGUGUGCAGCUUGAGAAAGUUUCAGCUAGCCUUCCAGCUCUAAAACUUCCUCCAUUAUUCAGUUUAACACCAAAUUAUUCAGGAAAAGGUGGAAAUGUUCAAAAGCGUAGCACCACACUAAUAGAUGGUAUACCAGAACGGAAUUCUGUAGAUCAGAAUCAGUCGCAAGCUCAAAUUAUUAGUCAUCUACAAGAUAAAGACCAAUCUUAUGUUCAAAACAUAAAGCGAUCUGUGAGAGAAGCUGCUCUAGCAUUACAAUCGUGCCAUUUGGAUUCAUCACAUGACAGCCAAUCUGAUGAUAGUUCGGAACACUAUUUUGUUCCCCUAACUGGUACUGGGUUUUCUCGACAUGCCCCAGAUAGGAAACAAGGUUCUGUAAAGAGUAAACUGGUGUUUGGUGAGGAAAGCAAUCUAUUAUACUCAACCAAAGGCCACCACAAUCCACCACCAGCUGAUGGUUAUAUGAGCAAUUACAAAGAUUUUCCAGAUUUAUUAAGUGAUGUUGAUGAAUUUGAUGAUAAUGCAAAUGGUGGAUCUCUGUCAGCUCUUGGGUCCAACAAUCGUGUGCGGCUACCACCUGAUGCACAUAGAUCUUUUUAUGACAUGGAGGGGUUUGAGGAUCAAGUAUUUUCACCUCCUUUACUAAUGGACACAUCAUUAUUGGAUGGCUAUGAAGACUUACUCGCACCAUUGUCAGAAACUGAUGCAGCCAUGAUAGAGUAAUAGAUACGUGUUUUGAAUAAUAAAAAAUGGGAAGAAAUUUGAAGAACAAAAACGAAGCAUGAGAUUGUUGAUGAAGGGGCAUGUUUUAGAAGAUGGAGGUGUGGUAGGUUGGUUUGUUUGUUUGUUUGUUUGUUUGUUAAGAAGUGCAUGAUUCAUCUUGGUUUAAUUUCUUUGAUAAUAUUUUUAUUAUGUGUUGUGUAGAACAAAUGAUCUAUCUAUCUUCUCAUGGGUGGUGGUGGUUGCUAUUAUAUACAAACAUUAACACUCAUUUGUAAUCAAUCACGACAUAAUACAUAUACAUUUGCGGCUUUCCCCCCAUUUUCUAGGCUUUCUUCUUGUUAUUAUAAUAAUUGUCGUUUUUAUUGAUACU